AUGAAGCCCUCUCUUGUUGCUAGCACCGUCUUCAUCGCCACUGGGCUGGCCGAGUUCGUUCCCGUCAACUUUACGAAGCCAUUGAAUUGGCUGGCCAGCCAGGAGUUGAUGCAAAGAAAGACAUGCGAAGACCUGAGGGCUCCUUACAAAAAUUUCACGGCUGAAACUUGGGCAGCUCAUGUUUUGAGUGUCUGCAAAUCGACAAACUGUGGAUGCACAUCUGCCCUUGGCUUUUCCAUCCCCCUGCAAUUCAGAAGAUCGGGGGAUCGCGAAUGGUAUGGGCAAAUGUUUAGGGGCAACAGUACCACUGAAGCAGACUACGUUAGGGAGGAAGUGAUUCAGGACUCGAUUGCGUAUACCUUGCGCCAGGACAAAUAA